AUGCCCGUCACUAAGUUUAGCACUCCGGAGAAAUAUCAAUACCUCAAUGGCUUCGGGUCAGGUCAUGAGACCGAAGCUGUAGAGGGCGCCCUGCCUAUCGGUGCCAACUCGCCCCAAAAGGCACCUCUGGGCCUCUACGCCGAAAAGCUCUCCGGCACUGCCUUUACCGCGCAAAGGCACGAGAACCUGCAGUCAUGGCUGUACCGCAUCCUGCCAGCGGCUUCACACUCGAGCUUCGAGCCACUGGAAAACCAGGCCGGCUCGGGCCUCGCCGCUGACACCAAAGUUCACCAGAUCCCCAACCAGCUGCGAUGGAACCCCUUCGACAUUGACGAAAAGGCCGACUGGAUCACCGGCAUGCAGCUCGUUGGUGGCGCUGGCGAUCCCGUCAUGAAGCAGGGAAUCUCCAUCUCCAUCUUCGCAGCCGGCUGCGAUAUGGACGCCCACACAGCCUUUUACUCGUCCGACAGCGACAUCCUCAUCGUCCUCCAGCACGGCGUCCUCGACGUGCAGACGGAGCUGGGCAACCUUCUUGUGAGACCGAUGGAAAUCCUCGUCAUCCCGCGCGGCAUCCGCUACCGUGUCACGCUUCCCGAGGGCCCUGCCCGGGGAUACAUCCUCGAACUGAUGCAGGGCCACUUCACGCUCCCCGAGCUCGGUCCCAUCGGCUCCAACGGCCUCGCCAACGCGCGCGACUUCCAGGCGCCCCGCGACAGCUUUCAGCACCGAAAAGGCCGACUGGACCAUCGUCACCAAGAGUACAGCAAGGAGAGCUGGUCUGGGUUGGUGCCGCACUUUACGGGCAAGGUCCCCGAGACGAAGAAGUGCGAGGCAUGA